AAGGAAACCGCGUCUGCAGACUUCACGUCCUUUUACCUGCAGCAGGCGACUAAGGAGUUUGCCGAGGACCUCGACAAGGUUCGAAACGCAGACGACUUCAAGGGUGACGCACUGCCGAUGCUUAUCAAGGGCCUGCAGCAGGGCACUGCGCUUUUCUCCAAAGCCGACCAGCAGAGGAUCUUGGACGCC